AUGGAACACUUUCUCCUAGGCAAUGCACCCCCACCCCCACCACCCCCACCACCCCCACCACCCCCACCUCCCCCGGCCCACACACCCAAUUCCUGGGCUCUGUUCAACUUGCGGGUGGAGUUUGACUUUGCGUUCAACCACUACAUGACAACAGAGUCCCCAGCUUCCGAGAUCAAGUGUGCACUCACCUUCCGGGAUGCUGUACUUGCCCCACAUGGCGAGGCAGCACCUUGGAGGAAUAAGAAGGAUGUUUACGACACAAUCAACCAAAUAUGUGAGGGCAGCAUCCCUUGGAAGGUAUACAAGAUGUGUUACAGCAGCUCACACCCUCCCUCGUCUCCAAAGUGGAUGAUGGAAACCUACAAACUCUGCACCUGCAACUUCCAUGCUGUUCUCCACCACCAGCUUGCAACCCGUGACUUUGAGGAGAAAAUUAACUAUGCACCAUAUUGGCACUUCAACCACAAUGGCAAGCAUGUAUUCUUGGACCUUGUGUCUGGUGAAUGGGCUUGGCGUCAAGCAGACAUUUUGGCAGAAGAUCCACGUACACAUGGCACCAUGUUUGUCCCUGUUGUUGCUGGCAGCAACAUAACUACGGUAUCUGUUGCUACAGGACACCAGGAGUUCCACCUGGUGUAUAUUUCACCAGGGAACCUCUCAAACACAGCUUGUCGAGGCCACACCAACUUGGUGCUACCUGUGGCCUUCCUCCCAAUACCUCAUACUAAACGGAAACAUUACCAGAAGCCUGAAUUCCAGGCCUUCUGUUGGCAGCUAUAUCACGAGGUGCUGCAAAGGGUAUUCCAGCCACUGGCAGCUGGAAUGGAAACCCCAGAGGUGCGACACAAAGCCGGACACCCUUGA